AUGAAGGGGUAUCUCCUACUUUUGACUUGCAUGUCCCUGAUGACUAACAAAGUUGGGCAUCGUUUCAUGUGUUUACUGGCCAUUUUUGUAUCUUCUUUGGAGAAAUGUCAAUUCAAGUCCUGCACCCAUUUUUAAUUGGGUGGUUUGUCUUUUUGUUGUUGAGCUGUAGUUCUUUAUAUAUUCUGGAAACUAGGGCCUUAUCAGACACAUGAUUUGCAAAUUUUCCCAUCCUACGAGUUAUCAUGUAUUUUCUUAAUAAUGUCCUCUAGUGUACAAGGGUCGCGUUUUGAUGAAGUCUAGCUUAUAUUCUUUCUUUUGUUGCUUAUGCUUUUGACAUAUUCCAGGAACCGUUACCUAACCCAAGCUUUGCCCCAUGUUUCUUCUGGUCGGAUCACCUCCCCAGGGCUUCUGUUUGUUUUGGUUCCCCUGGCGAUCCUGAUUCUGCUGGCCUCAGUCCACGCUGAGAACGCUGGCCUGCCACUGCACCUCCCCCUGCAGAUCCCGCCUCAUCUGGCCUCUCAGGCUCCCUCCUAGUAGAUGCGACCCAGAUUCACACCUGUGCGGUCCACUGCACCUGCGGCCCCGGGUUGGGGUCGGCCUACUUCCUUCGCUCUGGCCCCUGCUGACAUCACACAAAGUUGUGCCCGGACUGCAGCGUUUACCUCAUCAUCUCAGCGAGCACAGAAACACCUCGAGCGCUCUGGUGUCUGGAGGAAAUUUGGAGGAUGGACUCGCCCUUCAGCAGGAUGGGAAAAAACCACAGGAAUGUCCGUGAAGACCAGAGUCACUGACGCUGUCGUGCCUGGCUCUGACACGGCUCCUGAGUCAGUGACCUUGUCCCCAAACAGAUACACAGACUUAAAGAGGGUGACCCAGCAUGGGGCAGAAGAGGGGAAGUAAAGUGCAAAUGUGGCCAAAUAUGCCAUGAAAGGUAUAAUGUCCACAUUCAGGCCAAAAAUGAUUUGGUCCCAUUAACAGUGCUGAGGAGGCCAACACAUUUAGGAAUUCUGUUGCUGGCCGUGCAUGUGUUAUGAUGAAAUACUCACUUAGCAGAUUGUUUCUCCUGUUUCUUGAACCUUGGCCAAAGGAUAAAGUGAAUCAUCACUGAAAUGAGAAACUCACCUGAAAUCUUACCUUUGCCCAAGCAAUCUUAGAUGAAUGUCCCAAAUGCUCAUGCCCACCAGCUAGCGAUGAGUGCAGGGGAAUCAUACCCCACUUCUUUCCAAUGGAUCUCGGCUAGCAAUUCUUGGGCUCCAAAGAUUGCUUCCGUCCCCUAAAUGCUUGGUGGUUUGGGGGCCACAGACCGACUAUUAGAAAAACUGCACACACCAUCUGCACGUCCUUCAGAAGGCUUGUGGGCUGCAUGAAGAAUUUCUAUGGGCAGCUAAUACAGCACCCCGGACAGUCAAGGCUGACCGUGGGAGCGGCACUGAGCUCGCUCUCUGUGGAUAAGUGCCUCUCAACGGGGCUGUGCAGCAAAAGCACCUGGAAGCUUUUAACAAGCACAACAAAACCUUUUCUAUCUAUUUUGGAAAUUUUUAAACAUGCAGAGAAGCAGCCCAGCCUCCCGAGCCGGCCGGCGCAUGGGGCCAUGGCGGGGCGCCCGGGGCACGCGGAGCCCCCGGGCGGGGCCCGGCCCCGGCUCGUCAUCAUCAACGUGGGCGGCUGCCGCGUGCGCCUGGCCUGGGCGGCGCUGGCGCGCUGUCCCCUCGCGCGCCUGGAGCGCCUGCGCGCCUGCCGCGGCCGCGAGGAGCUGCUGCGCGUGUGCGACGACUACGACGCCGGCCGCGACGAGUUCUUCUUCGACCGCAGCCCGAGCGCCUUCCGCGCCAUCGUGGCGCCGCUGCGGGCCGGCAGGCUGCGGCUGCUCCGCGGCCCGUGUGCGCUGGCCUUCCGCGACGAGCUGGCCUACUGGGGCAUCGACGAGGCGCGCCUGGAGCGCUGCUGCCUGCGCCGCCUGCGCCGCCGCGAGGAGGAGGCGGCCGCCGGGCGCGCGGGCCCCGAGGGCCGCGGGCCGCAGGGGAGCCCGGCGUGCGCCCUGGGCCCCGGGGGCCGCCUGGCGCGCGGCCGGCGCCGCCUGCGCGACGUGGUGGACGACCCGCGCUCCGGGCUCGCCGGCAAGCUGUUCGCCUGCGUGUCCGUCGGCUUCGUGGCCGUCACGGCCGUCGGCCUCUGCCUGAGCACCAUGCCGGACAUCCGCGCGGAGGAGGAGCGGGGCGAGUGUUCCCCCAAGUGCCGCAACCUCUUCGUGCUGGAGACGGUGUGCGUGGCCUGGUUCUCCUUCGAGUUCCUGCUGCGCUCACUGCAGGCCGAGAGCAAGUGCGCCUUCCUGCGGACGCCGCUCAACAUCCUGGACCUCCUGGCGCUGCUGCCCUUCUACGUGUCGCUGCUCGUGAGCCUGGCGGCGGGCGGCGCGGGCGGCCACCAGCUGCUGGAGCGCGCGGGGCUGGUGCUGCGGCUGCUGCGCGCGCUGCGCGUGCUCUACGUGAUGCGCCUGGCGCGCCACUCGCUGGGGCUGCGCUCGCUCGGCCUCACCGUGCGCCGCUGCGCGCGCGAGUUCGGGCUCCUGCUGCUCUUCCUCUGCGUGGCCAUGGCCCUUUUCGCGCCGCUCGUGCACCUCGCCGAGCGCGAGCUGGGCGCGCGCCGCGACUUCUCUAGCGUGCCAGCCAGCUACUGGUGGGCCGUCAUCUCCAUGACCACCGUGGGCUACGGCGACAUGGUGCCGCGCAGCCUGCCCGGGCAGGUGGUGGCGCUCAGCAGCAUCCUCAGUGGCAUCCUGCUCAUGGCCUUCCCCGUCACCUCCAUCUUCCAUACCUUCUCGCGCUCUUACUCGGAGCUCAAGGACCAGCAGCGCGCCGCCAGCCCCGAGCCGACCCUGCGCGAGGACAGCACGCGCUCCGCCACGGCCACCGAGGACAGCUCGCAGGGGCCCGACGGCGUCCCCGCGGACUCCGUGGACGGGCUGAUCGCGCGCGGGGCCGCCUGACUCUCGGAGCUUUGGGAAAGAACCGCAGCCCUCCCCUCCCCUCCCCUGCCCAGAGGGGGUGGGCCCGACUUUGUGGCUCGCGAGGGCCUCGCUGCGUCGGCGGUUUGCCUGGGCCUGGCUCACGUGCACGGGCCCCACCGCGCAGCCCAGGACGCAGCCACCCAGCCAGACUCACAGGCGGGGUCAAGCGCCAUCCUGCGCUGGGUGAAGCCCGUCCUAGAACCACCAGCCUGUGCUCCUUGCUUUGUAUGCCCUUUGCAGUGUUGAGUGUCUAACUAGCUAAAAAUAAAUUCAAGAAGUCCAGAAAUUACGAGCCCAGUAGCAAAUGCCAGAAGGCCACACUUGUCCCCAGGCCUCUGCCACCCUUCCCUGCUCUUCAGCCAGGUGGGUCCCUGGAACAGCAGUGGGGAUGGGGACAGACCCUUCCCACUCCUGCCACAUCCCCCCGUGGGCCAGGAGAUGGGCCUCCUCUGCACACCCAGCUCUGCAGAAACCCACUUCCCUGCCAAGGGACAGGGACAGAGGUGUGACAAGGAUGCUCACAGCCCCAGAUCCUUCGAGGGGUCCUAGCCCUGACCGCCCCUUCCCUGGCACUAACUCUGCAGAAUCCUUAGUGGACACCUGCUCACCCCGUCUCCUCUGAACAUGCCUCUGCAAAGCACAGGUCUGCUGUGUGCCUAUCCAUUCCCGCUGGCCUGUGGACCACAUCCUCACCCUCUAGGAUUCCUCCCCUCCCUCUGGGCACACCCCUGGCUCUUCAGGCCUGGAGUGGAGGCCAGGGGAGGGCCCGUGGGCAGGCACCAGCUACUGAAGCCUUGCCCUGCCUGCGGAUCUCUGCUGGAUACCGAGGAACUGACGUUCUGGGCCGUGCUUUGUACUCUCUCAUCUUAGCUGAGAUGUUGCAGCCACAAGCCCUCAGGAGGUGCCCUGCAGCCAGAUGCCACCUGAUGCUGGUGCCCACCCUGUC